UCAAGCCACUCCCUAUCUAUAAAUAGCCCAUCUGGAGAAGAACUCCAUCUCAGAGAACUCAGACUGACCUGAACAGGAACACAAUGGCUCCCUUUGUGCUCUUCAUCUUCACCAUCGUCCUCCUUCCUGUGGAAAGAACUGCAGGACAAUCACAAUGCUCUGUCUGUGAAGAAGAUAGACUCACCUGUUCUGGUCCAAACACAAACUGUCCAAAUCAGACAACAUGCUUGAGUGUUCAAUCUAACCACAACUUGACAAGACAAAAUUAUCCAAGUGAAGGAUUCGCCAGAUAUUGUGUAGCAUCUAAAAAUAAUUUGACUGGACUCUUCCAUUUUAAUUUUGGAGACAACGUUUUUUUGGACUUUGCUUCUGCGGCUUGCAACGAGGACUUAACUUGCAGCCCUCAGAUUGUAGCCCCUCCUCUUCGAAUCUAUGAAAAUGGGAAGUAUUGCCCGAAAUGUUUCACAACAGGUCACGAUAACUGUGUGGAGGAUGGAAAUAUGGCCUGCCUGGGUGAUAUAGUGAACUGUACUGUCGUGAAUGGAGUCAUAUCACAAGUUUAUAAAGGUAUCCCCGCAAAUAUCCCUUUUGCUGGAAAAGGUUGUGUCAGCGCAUCGGUCUGCAACAUUAAAAAAGAUCAGUCCAUCCGCCUAGGGACUUUCACAUACACAUUUAACAAUAUUAACUGUUCUCCAGCCAGCAGCGCUCUUGCAUCGUUGCGACGCCUGGCCUUUACUCUGGAUAAGAAGCACCUUGGCCCACAAAUGUCUUUCUUCCUUCCAUGCAUCCUUGGCAUCUUUGCUGUGAAAAUUCUCUCCUAGUUAAGUCAAGGGUAGCUAGCAAAUGUUUUCAGGAGGGUCGGGCUGGGGACAUUUCACAUUCAUUUCAAGAAAUCAACACAUUAUUAAGAAGCAAACAUUCUUCAGAUGAAUAAAUGACCUAGAGCUAUCUCGAUUGUGAGGAUGUAAUGCAUCCGUUUGGGUGGAUCAGCUGAUUGUCUCAAUUUUGUAUACGAUCAAUAAUAACCACUCUAUUUAAUCUCCUUAUCAGUUUUUUAAAAAAUCCUCCCACAAUCAAAAUUACCAUGUAUUGGCUCACACAGUGGUACAGGAGUUGCAUUUUGUAUUCAGUGUUCUGUGGCAUGCACAUUUUUUUUCCCUAAGAUGCACAUGUAUUGAGCUGAGGACUACAUUACAAAAUUCAGAAGCAGGCCUGCUUACUUGUGUUCCAGGGGGCAUUUUAGUUGAGGAAAUGCAAAAUCAAUUAGUUUGCUUAAAAAUCAGACCAGAUCAGAUCCUUCCCUGGCCACUCUCCUUCAUCCUUUGGAACUAGAGAGCGAGAAGAGACUUACUCUUACUCUGACCCCAUUUCUGAGCUGUGAAGGAAGAAAAAUAGGAUGAUAGUUGCCAAUAAAGAAAUUUAUGCUGCAAAAUCUCAUACAUCUCUGUCGCAGCUGUUAAUGUCCCUCCCCAAAAUGACCAUGCAAUAGUAAUUUCUUAAUGGAAUAAAAGUUUUCAUUCCAUUAAUUUGGAAUUAAAAUGAAAGUUGUUUAUGUCCUGCCCAUGACCAUUUUUUUGCCCCAUCUCCUGCAUAAGGUGGGGUCUCCCUCCCAAAGGCUGAAUGCAGACCCCCAAAUCUGCUGAACUCCAGUGUAUUUCCCUUGAAGCCAAUGAGACUGAGGUUGAUUGGGAUGAAUACGUCCCAUUGACUUCAGUAGCAUUAAACCAGUGAUUUCACAGCCAUCAUUUCAUAUUCCAAAAAUAAUCCAAAAAUAAUUUAUCUCAAAAUACAGUAUUCGCACCCUUGAGUUCCAAUCAAUCUAUAUUUAUGUAUAUGUAUAUGUAAACCCUAUCAAGGUUAGGGUGGUAUAUUUAUAUAACAUGAUGCUUUACUUAUUGUUAAAACUUGUCAUUCAAAUAUUUCAAUCAUUGUUGAACAAGACCAAUAUCUUUUGGUCUGUAUGAGACCUCUGUUUGCAGAUAUUUGCUUUCUCAUUUUUCCAUGUUUCCCAAACUGCGUCUUUCAGUGGAAUUGUCAAGAUAUCAAAAUAAAAGGAAUUAGAGAUUAACUCUC